AUGCAGACCAAGUCGCUAUUGGUCUCUGCGCUGGUGGCUGCUUCGACGUUCGCCGGCGCAGAACCAGUGGCCAAGCGGAAGAUAUAUUUUCCUCGGGAGGUCAAGAGACAGUUUACCAAUGCGACCGUCACGGAUAUCGCCACCCCACUCCCUUCGACAACGGCCGAGACUACCACGUCCGAUUCCUCGACGAGCCAGAGCCUCUCGUUAUCAGACAUUCUGACGAGCCUGGGACCAUCCGGCCCCGUUCCGAUUACGACGGCGACUGACGUCCAGUCCGAUGCCAACAGCGCCAGCUCGGCGGCGUCCGACACCUUCGUUGUCUCUCCGAGUGAGUCCCCGGCCUCGAGUACGACCGCUACCGAGGAUGACGCUCCGACUGCGACGUCUGCCGACGAUGCCCCGACCGCUACCUGCCGACAGCACCACGAUCCUGACGGAAGCGUCUUCUGCGACUGGCCCCAGCUCAGCGGAAACUACAGUGUCGCCUCCGUCUGCGUCGACAGUGCUCGAUACGACAACGGCUGUUUCCUCGGACGCCACCCCAAGCGCGAGCUCGAUCGAGACGGCCUCGACCAGCGACACAUUCUGUCCGACAUCACUGCCUCCACCAGUGAUGGUGCCUCAACGGGUUCCGUUCCCCCUGUGAUCGUGCAGCCAACGAGCCGGACAUCAUCCGACCAAGCCACCGAAUCUGCCACGGGAUCUACCAUCGAAUCUGCCACGGGAUCUGCCACGGGAUCUGCCAGCCAGACUGGGCUGCUGCCAACUGGUCUUCCUCUCACUUCUGAUCUGAGCAGUAUUGUGUCCGACAUCACUGCUUCCACCAGUGAUGCCGCCUCAACGGGUUCCGUCCCCCCUGUGAUUGUACAGCCAACGAGCCGUACAUCAGAAGCCACAGAUGCCACGACCGCAACAGGUACCGCCACAAGUCUGGCUGAUUCCACUAGCUCGAACAUUAGCCAAACCCAAGUGACGGCUUCCACCCAGUCCGGCGACGACACUGUGCCUACAUCGGCCGCCGAUUCGACCAAUGCAACCUCAAUAGAGCCCGUGGAGACCGGAACCACCACUGGCCCGAUCCCCACCGGCGCUAGCUCGGCUGCCAGCUCGGCCACCAGCUCCGGCAUUGUUAUCGCACCCACUGGAAUCGUGACACCAUCUUCGACCGGUGGUCUCGGGUUGAGCAGUAUCCUGUCCGAUCUGUCGAGUGGCCUCGCGGGCCCGACUUCAACCAACGGAACCGAGUCCGAGAUUGCCUCGGCCACGGAGACCACCGCUCAAAGUGUCGACCCAUCUGCCACGGGCCCGGGCACUGGAGUCACCUCUGCCACGUCUGCUGAAUCUACAAUCGACGCCUCGGUCACGGGUCCAGGCACAGGCCCCACUACCUCGCCUACUACUGUGUCUACGAUCGAUGCGUCGGCCACUGGACCUGGGACGGGCAUUACCCUCACCUCAGCUACGCCAACGUCGUCUGUCGAAACUGUAGACCCCUCUGCAACUGGACCGGGAACUGGCAUUACUACCUCCGCCACGCCUCUGCCGAGCGCAACGGAGAUCGGUAACGGAACUACGGUCACCGGCACCGACGCUGAUUCCAGCACCGAGAUACCAAUCACUGCCAACACUACCAUCUCCGACCUGCCGACAUCGGCUCUGAGCACUUCGACCUUGCUGCCGACAACUACAGAUGCGACUGUAUCCCAGAAUUCUACCUCGGCUGAACCCGGCACGACCACGUCAGAAUUGCCGACUACCGUCACACUUCCGCCCAACGCCACGGUUCCUGCUACAGAGACGGAGACUACUUCUCAGCUUACAACCACAGAGGAGGCGACCACCACCUCUUCAGAUACCCUUCCCAGCAUCACGACCGUGUCCUCCGAGAGCCUGGGUAGCAGCUUAGUCCCCAUUUCUACGAUCACUGACUCCUCUGAGUCUUGGUUGCCCACUACCAUCAUCGUUGCGCCAUCGACCAGCACUGUGACUGGCGGUGAUACUGCUACGUCUGCCACUUCUUUGCCAACCAAUCUGCCCAAAGCCAUUACACCUGAUACUGGCACGUUGCCCAUCCCCGAGGGCACUGUCGAAAUCCAGCUUGGCUUCAAGUUCCCGUUGAACUACGCGUUCAUUGCCAGCCAUCCUAAGGCGGCUGCUCAGGUCCUGUCAGGGAUCCCCAAGGCACUGCGCCACGCGGGUGGCAUCAACAACGAUGGGCUCGUUCAGAUGAGAAGGCUCCAGCCGCUCCAAGGAUUUGACCAGAAGAAGGGCUACACGCCGACCAUCGCUGUUGCAACAUACCCGGCGGACCUGGUGAGCACGCUCAGCCUACAGGUCAAGCAACCGGCGUCUGCGCUGUAUCAACAGGAUGACACGCUGGUGAGAAACAUCACGCAGCAGAUUGACUCCACCAUUAGCAUCAUCAUUGGUGGCGGCGCCGAUGGAUCUGGCUCCACCGGGACUGACAGUGGAGGUGGCUCAUCCAGCCCCUCCUCUCCAAGCGGGAAUGGCGGUGACGUAUUUGGGAACUCGGGAUCCGGCGACUCUUCCGCAAGCCAGAGAGGACAGACAGCUGGUAUUGCCGUGGGUGCCGUUGUUGUCUCGGCGGCUUACGGUACUGCCAUGUUCAUCAUUGCUCGGCGGUACAAGCGAAGGAAGCAGGCCCACGCCCGCACUAGUUCCGUCUCCCAAGGCUCCCCGAUGCGCCAGACCGGUAGCCCUGCCCUGAUGGGCGGUGCUCUGCUGAGCCGUGACAUGUCCAGCUACGGUGCAGCAGGCGGCCGUGAUAGCCACGGCAGUGGCAGGACCGGCCGAAGCGGCAUGAGCAACUCGGCACGGACAGCCUACAUCUCACCACCCGUCGCGGCAGCGAACUCGUUGGGCUGGAACUGA